ACAUGUACAUCUGCCAUGGCAUCAGCUCAAUCCUACAAUGGUGUGUUGCUGUCACCUUGUACCCACAGAGGCAGCCCAACCAAUCAGGAUGCCCAAUCAUUCCCAAGGGGUCUUGGGUCGACCCCUCACUUAUAUCGUAGUCACUCUUUGGACGGGACAGGGGGCCGCUGCCUGCCCACCUAUAGCCACCCUCUAUAUUACUGUAACCACAGGACUUCCACGGGCUGGCAGGAGGAGCAGGAUGUUAAACCUCUCGUGAGUUCUGAAGGCAAAUUGGUAUUGGAUGCAGGAAUGGCAUCUUGGUCACUGGCGCAGCAACUUCCUGCUGACACCCUUAGGAGGAUCUAUGGGCCAAACUUUCCCCUGGAGGUGCGCCAUGUCCUAGCACAGUGGAUAGAAAAGGUCCCAUGGGCUGAAAUCAAUUUGAACACCCCGGGUCAUGAGGGAUAUGCCCGACAGCUGCUGGAUGAAAUGCUCAUGAAACUGGAGAAGACCUGCAAUGAUUUGGGACAGGACAACUUCCUCCUAAAGAUGAAACUGGGCGAGGCAGCCACGCAGUUCAUGAAUAUGUACACCAGCAAUCCAUUCAACUUAGUCAGGGCUGUGAAGAACUGUUUGGACAAAGAACGUAUAGCCUUGCAACAGACAGGAAAUGCUCAAAUGAACAGUGAACUGGCUUCCCAAUCUGCAGUGGAGAGAGAGAUCAUGGAGAAGUUGGAAUUUCUGCAGAGUAAAACUCAUGAGACAGAGAAUGACUUGAGGGUGUUACAAGAAAAGCAGGAAGGUUUCAUCAUUCAAUAUGAGGAAAAUGUUAAGCUCAGUUAUCAGCUCCAGCAGAUACAGAAUCUACAACCGAAUAACCCAGACAGGGAGCGACAAAUCAGACAUCAGAAAGCUGUAGUGGAAUCAGAUCUGUCUCGCAAGUUGCAGGAGUUGCUUCAGCUCCGUGUGGGCUUUGCUCAGAAACAUGACCACAGCUUUAACCUGCUCCAGGAAGUGCAGAACAAGGUGAUCAAUGAUGAGUUAGUGGAGUGGAAGAGGAAGCAGCAGCUGGCAGGCAUUGGGGUUCCCUUUGAUGGCAGCCUGGACAACCUGCAGCAAUGGUGUGAGAGUUUGGCUGAAAUCCUCUGGCAGAAUAGACAACAGCUCAAAAAACUGGAUAUGCUACAGGCACGCCUCCCAAUUGACCUUCCUGCAGGACAAGUGAACCUUUUACCUAAACUAGAUACUGCUAUCACAGGUCUUCUCUCCUCUCUGGUAACAAGCACAUUUAUUGUAGAAAACCAGCCCCCUCAGGUGUUAAAGAAAGAUUCCAGGUUCACAGCCACAGUCCGUCUUCUGGUUGGGGGUAAGCUCAACGUCCACAUGAACCCCUUGAAGGUAGAGGCUUCCAUUAUCAGUGAGGCCCAGGCUCGCUCCCUACUUGAGAGUGAGAGAAACAAUGCCCGUGAACGAGAAACAAGUGGAGAAAUUCUUAACCAUUCCGGAACCAUGGAAUACCAACAGGCCACAGGACAACUCAGUAUAACCUUCAGAAACAUGCAACUGAAGAGAAUAAAACGGGCGGAGCGUAGAGGUGCUGAAGUUCAUGCUGUGACUGAAGAUAAAUUUUCCAUUUUAUUCCAAUCCUCCUUUGAUCUGGGAGGAGGAGAGUUGUUGUUCCGGGUGUGGACCCUGUCAUUACCAGUGGUUGUGACUGUUCAUGGUAAUCAGGAGUGCAAUGCCUUGGCCACAGUCAUGUGGGAUAAUGCUUUCUCCCAACAGGGUCGUAUACCAUUCCAAGUCCCGGACAAAGUCCAGUGGCCCAUGGUGGCAGACAUGCUGCAAUCCAAGUUUAAGUCAUUUGUUGGUGUCAACCUUACACAAGAAAAUCUCAACUAUUUAGCCAGCAAAGUAUUUGGUGGAACAUCCAUGGAGGACUAUUCCACUCGCACCAUCACCUGGUCACAGUUCAAUAAGGAACCGAUUGCAGCCCGUACCUUUACAUUUUGGGAGUGGUUCUAUGCUAUUUUGAAACUGAGCAAGGAACAUUUAAAAGAACCCUGGGGGGAUGGCUCUAUCGGUGGUUUUAUUGGAAAGUCAGAGGCUCAGGAGUGGCUGAUGUCUAAAGAGAAUGGCACUUUCCUACUGCGGUUCAGUGACUCUGAGAUAGGGGGGAUAACUAUAGCCUGGGUGGCAGAGGAUAACAAGACACCCAGUGAAAACUCCCGUCAGGUGUGGAACCUUGCCCCAUACACAGCCAAAGACUUUGCCAUACGAAGCCUGGCUGACCGCAUCAAGGACCUGCCUAACCUGGUCUAUCUGUACCCACACACACCCAAAGACGAUGCCUUCAGCAAGUAUUAUACAACGGCAGCUGAACCGAAAGCCAGGGAUGGAUAUAUUCCCUCCAAACUUGUCAACAAAAUUGAAGAUAUUCCUCAUAGCCUAUUUACUGCUGCCCCUCUGAGCCCUGACAACCCACAGACUCCCCAGCCAAUUGGGGCACAGUCCCCCAGCUCGGAGUAUGGCAAUCCACUGGUUUACAGUAUGCAUCCCAUGGAGACACCAAAUGAGCUGAUGCUCUCAGGUCUGAUGGAUUACAACCCCGAUGACAUUGUUCAGAUUGACGACAUUGAUCGUAUUAAUGUCAGUGAACUGCUGGCUGGCACAAACAAUGGCAUGCAUCAGGCAGACAUAGAGUCUAUGAUGCAACAUUAGACAUCAUCUACAGCACAAAGUCCUGACUUCUAUGUAGUGUGGGUAUUCAGGUAUUCAGAAUUGUGUUGUGCUGCUGUGUGAAAAUUUACACCAGUGAAUGUGGCUGUGAAGACCUGACUCAUGUUGUAGUGUGGUAUUCAGACCCCAGCGAAUGUUCAUGUAGCUGUAAAUGACUGGCACAUGUUGUAGUGUGUGAAUAUACAUGUACAUAAUUUCAGUAUUGGUGCUGUGGCUAUGUGUAACUGGACAGAUCUGGCUCAUGGUGUAUUAUGCUAUUACAUGAUGGAUGUAGAGGCACCAUCUAUUGUGGCUGUAAAAUCCUGCCUUUGCAGUAGUGUGUAAUUGAAAUAUGGAUAUUGGUGCUGUUGCCUAAUGUGGCUGUAAAUAGCUGGCUCAUGGUGUAUUAUGUUACUGAUCUGUAUAUAUGGAGACCCAUCUAAUGUAGCCAUAAAGACCUGGCCCAUUGUGUGUCAUGCUACUACACUGAGGAUAUAGAGGCUCCAGCUAAUGUCAUCCUUAAGACCUGGUUCAAGGUGUAGUAUGCUACUGCUCUGUAUAUAUGGAGACCCCAGCUAAUGUAGCCAUAAAGACCUGGCACAUUGUGUGUCAUGCUACUACACUGAGGAUAUAGAGGCUCCAGCUAAUGUCAUCCUUAAGACCUGGCUCAAGGUGUAGUAUGCUACUGCUCUGUAUAUAUGGAGACCCCAGCUAAUGUAGCCAUAAAGACCUGGCACAUUGUGUGUCAUGCUACUACAGCUAAUGUCCUCCUAAAGACCUGGCUCAAGGUGUAUUAUGGUACUACACUGUGGAUAUAGAGGCUACAGCUAAUGCAGUCAUAAAGUCCCAUAGUAUGUCAUGCUACUACACUAAGGAUAUACAUGUAAAGGCCCUAGCUAAUUUAGGCCAACAUGUAGCUGUGAAAACCUGGCCCAUGCUAUAGCUACUAGACUAUGGAUAUUCAUGUAGAGACUCUAGCUAACAUAGUUUUAAUGACAUGGUUCAUGGUGUCCUACUAUUACACUACCUGUAUGGAUAUAGAGGCUCCAGCAAAUGUUCAGUAUGUGAGUGUUGACUGGCUGAACCCCUCCACCAGUGUGCUCUGAUAGUGCAGGUUGUUCCGUCGGCUCAGCAAGCAAAUUGUAAUUUGUAGUUCCGAGAAAACACCAAAACAGUUGCCUCCAUCUUUCUGAAGGCUCAUGGCUUUCUGGGCAAACCCUUGAUGCUCGCCUGUUGAUCUGGGAUGGUAGUUGAACGGUUUCAGCCUGCAAAACUUAUCUCCAGCUGUCUGAAAGGCCACAGAUCCCAGGGUAUCCUGGACACUCGACUAUUGGGCUGAGUUGAUAGUAGUUCUGCUGCUUCAGAAAUUAUGCAGCAUUCGCCACUUGUGGUUGAAUAGCCGUUCGCACAUGCUUAAAAUAUGUCCUGUAUUCUGUUCAUAUGCUGUGUAUUUUUCAGAUGUCUCAUCUGAUGACUCUUGGAAACCCUGUUUAUUUGCUUUAAUUCAGACUUCCAUCUGUUCCUUUCAGCUUACACCCUGUUUUGCUGGGCAAGCCGUAGUAUAUAAGGUUAAGAUGUCACCAGUGACCAUCAUUUGGUCAAGGAAUAUUGGUUAUUGGUUUUGAACCUAUGUAUACCGUAGUCCAAAACUUAUUUAACCAGAUUUUUGAAGAUAAAUUGUGAAUGACAUCACUACAGUUAUAUAAUGUUCAUUAAGAAUGGCUCAUCUAGUUUCAAACCAGAAUGCUGUUCUUUCUUUAGCUAUAAUUUUCAACCCAUUUUAACCAGCUCUUGCCUUGUUCUAAUAGGGUUUAAUAGGAUGUUUUAUUAUGCAUGUAUACCUGAGCCCAUUUAACUAAUUAUACUAUUUCAUUUUAUGUAAUUUUAAGGCUUCUGUUAAAACAUUUUUCAAAUGUUGCCCUCUGUCUGUUUGUUGUCCGUCUGUUCAUUUGUUUUCUUUUUUUCAUAAUUGGAAGUCUGCUGAUAUUUUAGAUGUUUGUACAUUGUUAGGAAAUCUGGAUUUUUCCUCUUAUAAAGCCUAAUGUGUCCAGGACAUGCACAUGUUACUGUGGCUACACCAAUGUGUGCAGUGCUGGAUCAUUGUCAUGGGUACAUGGGUCAGAAGUAUAUAUUAUCAUGGCUAAGGUCAAAGCAGUUACAGUGUAAUAUUUGACUGUUUAAUAUGUUUGUCCUCACUAAAACUGUUACGCACAUGAACAGUCCCAGGGUUGAUGUAUGCUACCUACGAUUCCCUUUUCACUGCUGGCUUGGUGGUUGUUCCUGCUUUAGUAUAAAGCACAGUUGAUACAUAUAUAUGUAUAUAUAUAUAUAUAUACACUGCACGUACACGUGUGGUCAUCACUCUAAAUGCUGAAUACCAUUGAUAUAGAUUGGGAAAGGUUUAACAGACAUGUAUACGUACAAGCUAGAACGUCCUAGGAAACCCUGUGUACAGCCAUCAAGUCUAAAUGUACAUCACAAACCUGCUGGUGUCAGCAGUGUCCUGUAUAGUGCCUGAUGGGGUGCGUGCUAUGGUGUCUGGUAUCUAUAAGGUGUUAAAUUAUCUAAAAUUUCACCUUUGACCUUAAAUUGCAGAGAGUUUUAUUGAUAUUGGAUAGGUGUUUUUAGCUUUGUUUAGAAGGUAGGGAAAAUGUAAGUUUCAGCACAAAAAGUAAAAUGUUAGGACCUUUUUGUUUUUUGGCCUCUAAAUAUUCAUUUUUUAGAGCGAAAUUUUAGGUCAUUUAAUGUACUCCUCACCAAGCAAGUUUUGUGGUUUUUUACUGUAUAUAUUCAUCAUGAAUCAUUAAAAGUAUGGUAUAUGUGUUGUACUUAAUGUAUUGCAAGAACUCACAAUCAUGUCAGUAGUGGCACCAUGUUGUGAAUGUUACUUAAGAAUGAUAUUGUAACGGUAUUUGCAGCUGAGGUAACAUGUAUGCUGGUCCACAGUUAUGACUAGUUAUGUCUUGGCUAUGUAUACAAGUAUGUAUGUAACUCUACACAUUGUGUCAUAAGUAUGAUCAAGGGGAUCAAAUCCUCAGGCUGUGUAGAUGGAACUAUGUGGAAUGUGUUGUGAGAAUAAGGUGUGUUUUUAGUGAGGACAUUAUGACUGCACAGUUUAGUUGAUCUUAAUAGAAAAUCGUGAACAGGUAAUGUAACCAUGUCUUAACAGACAAAAACAGUUGUGUUUUAGCAUGUCACUGAUGGCGAUAUCAUCACUCGUGACGAACAUCCGAUUUUGUGAGGCCCUGUCAUAAAACCUUCACUACAUGUAUGUUCUACAUACUGUUCGUUGUUAAAAUGCGAAGAAAACAGAAGUAGACAGAGUUAUCCCCCUUCCUGCACAACUGCUGGAUUGUAUGUAUCCAUUGCAGACUGUUACAGUCUGCCUCUGCCUUCCCUGUAUGUGGUUGUUUGUGCUUGUGAUGCUCAUUUCAUGUCUUUUUUGGUGCAUGUUAAUCAUUUUGGUGCUGCUGGCCUCAUGAGAGAAUAUGAAUUUGUCUUCUUUAAAUAUUGUGUAUAUAAAUGUGAGAUACCAUAUUGCUGUUGGUUGAAACUUCUAAUGACAAUGUUCGUUGUUUUACACUUAUAGGCCACACCCACACAAGUUUAACAAGUUUUACCCAUUUUCAGUUUCGCCUUCCAUGUUUGCACAAGUACAAGUUUGCUGCACACAGUUAUUCUUGUAAACUUUGGGGUGUCAUUUUAAACCUGAAAAUGUAACUUUUCAAGUUUUUAAGGAAAUGUAAAAUGAGGUUAUGUUGUUAAAUGAACAUGGACAUAUUAUAAGCACAUAUAUAAUAUUUAUCAUGAGUUGUAAAGUUUGAAGAGUUAUCUUAUCACUGCAGUUUCUAAACCUGUAAUUUCAGUGGCCAAUAUUGUUGGGUCUGGUAGGCCUACUUUGAUAUGUGCUGUAUUUUAAAUACGCCUCCAGCAGUCAGUGUUAAGUUAAAAAUGUCUUCUUGAAAACUGUUGUUGAAUAAAUAUGUGUGAACCUUACAAGACCCCUGAAUGAUACAGAAGUACUACAAUCAACACUUCCCAGCUUCUUUCAACGAUGGCAACAUAAAUCCACACAGAUAUUUGUUGUGUUUCAGCAAAGUGCUGAAGUAAAGAAAUGCAAUUAUUUUUCUGUGUGAAUGAUAAAACUUCUUGUCAUUUUUAAUAGCACGGGAAAGAAAUACAAGACAGCAUAGCCAAACAAUACAUGUAUUUGCUUGCUUGCAACAGGAGCUCUGUAGUGCAUGUCAGUGUUAUGAUUUGUUGGACCUACUUGUAGCAUUCAAACAAAUGACAAUCUUCCCAUGUAGAAAACAACAAAGCUGCGGCUUGGCUACAGGGGAAACAUUAGUCUGGCCUUGUUUUCUCAUAACCUAACUGUUGAAUGAUGCUAAUCAUAUGAAUUAGAGCAUAUGCAUGUAACUGCAAAUCCUAGCUUGUGAAAGUGGUUUGCAACUUGACCUGACUCAACUGAAUGUGGUUGUGUGUGUAGAGUGCUAUACUUUAGCCAUUGUAGUAAGCUGGCAUAUGUCCUCACAAGAUAACUCAAGACAUAAUGUGCUCAUUUAUUGUCACUGGAACACAAUGGCUAUGUAGUGUGGAGCAGUCCUGGCUUCAACAAUUGUGCUAAAACAGAAGCUAUGUAAGCUUAUAAAUGUAAGUGUACUUUUAGUGAAAUAAAUGAAACUAUCUACUGUCA